CCUGGAGGGCCAGGAAGCAGCUCUCCUCAGCCUGUCCCUGCCUGUGCAGUACUGCAGCCCUCAGCCACUGGGACCACCUGUUGCUUGUUGUCCCUGGGGCCAGAACUUGGGACAUUGAGCUCUCUUUAGUGGCCUGGGCAGGACCUGAUUGCCAAGUUCACACUGCUCCCUGCGAGGGUGCUGGGCUGGAAGGACCAUACCCCAAGACUCACCAGAGCUGCAAGAACCUGGGUCUUGGAGUUGGCACCCUCAGUGGGAGAGCCAUCUGCUUAAAGGGUGUGCAGGGCUUAGCUCAGGGACAUGACAGAUGCCCUAGAGACCAGCAGGGCUGCUGUUGGGGCAAUUCCUCUAAAAGUGGCCCCCACUCUCGGGAACCACUGCCUCUGGCUGUGGCUCCACAGGGGUGUCCUGGGCCUCAAGCCCUUAUGCCUGGGGACACCAUAUAGGACAGGGGACUGAUGGUGUCCUCCACAGCUGGGGCAUCUCUUGGUCUCAUUGGGACCAGACAGGGUCACAGGACAUUUUUCCAUCCAGUCUCAGAGCAGACACUUCCUGGGGCCCCAGCCCCCUGGAUAGGGCACAUUAUGGCCGUGGCUGCAUUUGAUGUCCCCACCUACCCCCAUCCCUGGGAGGGGCUCCAUGGUGCAGGGGCCUGAAGUGGGCAGGGGAAGACCUUUGGGUCCUGUAGUUCCUUAAGCUCUCCUGUGACAUGCUGUUUUCAGGGUGCUUUUAGGUGCCUAUGAUUGCUGUCAGGACUCACCCACGGGGCCAUGGACACUGAGAAUCACAAGUCAGACCAAGUAGAUACCCUCGGCCACAUUUCCAGUGUUCACAGCUGUGUGACUGGUCAGCAUACACAGGCCAUUUCCUCCCUGCCCGCUUCUCUGGGACCUCACUUUUUUGGCACCUAUUAAUCAGUUGAGGAAGGGCCUAGACCAGAAGUUGGGCACCGGGGUUUCAGCAGGGAACUGGGGAGGGGUGCUCACUAAAUGCAAAGUCCUGCCAUGCAUCAGCCUCUCCCAACUCCGUCAGUAACUGGUCAGAGAAAGGCCAGGCUGCACCCAUCAGGCAUCUUUCUGCUGCAGAGGGUUAACCCCCCCUCAGAAAGGGCUUAGAUUUGAUCCCAGAACUUGCUGGCAGGGUAUGACCUUCAGAAGCGGCAUGGAGGAGGUUGUGGAAUCACUCCUGGGAAGGGAACAAAACCCCAUUGUUGCUAGGUGGGAUGCAGAGCCCCUGCACCUCUUCCUGGACAGUGACUUCCAGGCGGCGGGCCAGCCUAGGCCUGCUUUGGGAAAGAUCCUGGCCCGGGGGUGGGGUAGGGGAGCCCGAGGGGUUGUCCAGCCCUGCCCCCUCCUACAGGGCAGCUUUGAUCCCUGGGCCUUUCCAUCCCUGAGCCCAGGGCCUGGAGGAAGGAGGGGCUCCGGUUACAGGGUUCCCCCUCCCUCUCCAGCCAGAGCCAGCCCUUCUCCGCCCCUUGGUGACCCUUGUGGCCAGUGUCCCUGUGAUUCUGGGUGCUGGCCCCUCCCCAGCCUUCCUCGCCUCUCCCCGCCCCCUGCCCUGAGCUGACCAGAGGGGCCAGGCGGGGGAGGGGCCAGUGCCACAUGCACAGACUCAGCUCGGAGAGACCCGGACCCACCCAGCCCCUGGGACAGCGUCUACCGUGAGCUCCGACCUUGCUGGAGAGAGGGGAGCCCAGGGUCAGAGGGCAGGGGUGCCGACCACAGGUGUGGGAGGGUGGAUGCCUGUAGGGAGUGGGGCUCGGCAGGCCCUGAGGAGGAGCUAGUGGCCACACACCCCCACCCCUGGUCCCACAGUCCCCAUGCCGGCCUCGAGGCCGCUCCUGCCGCUGCUCCUCCUGGUUGGGCUGACUUCAGGGGCCAACCUGCCACCAGGGCCCGGGAGCCAUCCGGGUGUGUGCCCCAACCAGCUCAGCCCCAACCUCUGGGUGGACGCCCAGAGCACCUGUGAGCGUGAGUGCAUCAGGGAUCAGGACUGUUCAGCCACCGAGAAGUGCUGCACCAACGUGUGUGGGCUGCAGAGCUGUGUGGCGGCCCGCUUCCCCAACAGUGGCCUGGAGGUGGCACCCGUGCAGGCGGCCUCCUGCGAAGGUUUUGUGUGCCCGCAGCAGGGCUCCGACUGUGACAUCUGGGAUGGACAGCCCGUGUGCCGCUGCCGUGACCGCUGUGAGAAGGAGCCCAGCUUCACCUGCGCCUCGGACGGCCUCACCUACUACAACCGCUGUUACAUGGACGCUGAGGCCUGCCUGCGAGGCCUCCGCCUGCAUGUCGUGCCCUGCAAGCAUGUCCUCAGCUGGCCACCCAGCAGCCCAGGGCCCCCGGAGACCACCGCCCGCCCAACGCCUGGGGAUGCCCUGGUGCCGCCUGCCCUCUACAGCAGCCCCUCCCCACAGGCAGUGUAUGUGGGGGGCACAGCCAGCCUCCACUGUGAUGUCAGUGGCCACCCGCCACCUGCCGUGACCUGGGAGAAGCAGAGUGACCAGCGGGAGAACCUGAUCAUGCGGCCAGACCAGAUGUAUGGCAAUGUGGUGGUCACCAGCAUUGGGCAGCUGGUGCUUUACAACGCUCGGCUCGAGGAUGCCGGCCUCUACACGUGCACCGCACGAAAUGCUGCUGGCCUGCUGCGGGCUGACUUCCCGCUCUCUGUGGUCCAGCGAGAGCUGGCCAGGGAUGGGGCCCCUGCCGCCCCGGCUGAGUGCCUUCCCAGCACGCAGACCUGUGUUGGCCCCGACUCUGGCCUAGUCCUUUGGCACUUUGACCCACAGCGGGGUGGCUGCAUGACCUUUCUGGUUGGCAGCUGUGUAGGGAGUGCCCAGGGCUUUGAGACCUAUGAGGCGUGCCAACAGGCCUGUGCUCACGGCCCCAGGGAUGCCUGCGUGCUGCCUGCCGUGCAGGGCCCCUGCCAGGGCUGGGAGCCACGCUGGGCCUACAGUCCGCUGCUGCAGCAGUGCCACCCCUUCGUGUACAGCGGCUGCGAGGGCAACGGCAACAACUUUGAGAGCCGUGAGAGCUGCGAGGAUGCCUGCCCUGUGCCGCGCACACCACCCUGCCAGGCCUGCCGGCUCCGGAGCAAGCUGGCACUCAGCCUGUGCCGCAGCGACUUCGCCAUCGUGGGCCGGCUGACCGAGGUGCUGGAGGAGCCCGAGGCAGGCAGUGGCGGCAUCGCUCGUGUGGCCCUGGACGAUGUGCUUAAGGAUGACAAGAUGGGCCUCAGGUUCUUGGGCACCAAGUACCUGGAGGUGACGCUGAGUGGCAUGGACCGGGCCUGCCCCUGCCCCAACGUGACAGUGGGCGACAGCCCACUGGUCAUCAUGGGCGAGGUACGAGACGGCGUGGCCAUGCUGGACGCAGGCAGCUACGUCCGUGCUGCCAGUGAAAAGCGAGUCAAGAAGAUCUCAGAGCUGCUAGAGAGGAAGGCCUGUGAGCUGCUCAACCGCUUCCAGGACUAGCCAAUCCACCUACCCAACCCCACACCCACCCAUCCCACCUCUGGCAGCUGAAUAAAAGUCCUGGAC